UAAAUAAUAAAAGAAAAUGGAAUUGAAUAUAUCAGCAUGGAACACUCUAAUGAUUCAUUAAGAGUCAACCAUAAUAUAAUGAUCAACCAUUUUGAUUCUGAAGAAUCAAAAACAGAUUCUCAGCAUCUAACCUGUAUGGACUCCAGGGAUCCUUCCUUUGGACAAAAUGGUUCUCCUAGAAUUUUACCCAUCACCUCUCAUGAAGUAGAUAAUUCACUCACAUCACAGAAUAUACCAGGGACCCUGACUCAGACACAGACUCUUUCUACAGAACAAUUCCAUCUAGUGGACCAAAAUGGGCAGCCUAUUCAAUAUGAACUUCAGUCAUUGGGGGAUUCUAGUGCACAAAUGAUGAUUGUUCCUAGCCCAUCAGAAAAUGGACAGGUGCUGCGUGUAAUUCCAUCUACCCAGACAGGAAUGGCACAAGUAAUUAUUCCUCAGGGGCAGCUUGUGGAUGUGAAUAGCCCUCAGGAUGUCUCUGAAGAGAAACCUGGUGACAGAAACUUACCAACCAUAAGAGUGGAUGUUCUAGCAGACAAUACCAGUAAUUAUACUCUUCAUCCACAAGCAUCCCUCACAUUGCCCAAAAAGACCGUGGCCAGAAUGCUUGAAGAGCCCUUUCUGGCUCCUCUCCAGCCACUUUCUUCUAACACACCUAUGUGGGCUUGCCGUCUUAGGAGCUGUGAGAAAAUUGGAGAUUCUUACCGUGGCUACUGUGUAAGUGAGACUGAAUUAGAAAGUGUCCUAACAUUUCACAAGCAGCAAACUCAGAGUGUUUGGGGGACCCGCCAAUCUCCAAGUCCAGCCAAGCCAGCUACACGCUUGAUGUGGAAAUCUCAAUAUGUUCCAUAUGACGGAAUCCCAUUUGUCAAUGCAGGGAGUAGAGCCGUGGUAAUGGAGUGUCAGUAUGGGCCAAGGAGAAAAGGUUUCCAGUUAAAAAAAAUCAGUGAACAGGAAAGCAGGUCUUGUCAGCUCUACAAAGCCACUUGUCCAGCCCGGAUUUACAUUAAAAAGGUACAGAAGUUUCCUGAAUAUAGAGUUCCUACAGACCCCAAAAUUGACAAGAAAAUAAUCCGAAUGGAGCAGGAAAAAGCCUUUAACAUGCUAAAGAAGAAUUUGGUAGAUGCUGGUGGUGUUCUUAGAUGGUAUGUACAGUUACCUACAAAGCAAGCUCAUCAGUAUCAUGAGUUAGAAACUUCCUGCCUUGCUUUGUCACCUUCCCCUUUUCCUGUGCCUUCUCUUGAAGAAGAGGAAACUGCAAUCAGGGAUGAAAAUUGCACAUUACCCUCACGUCUACAUCCUCAAGUAGCACAUAAGAUUCAAGAAUUAGUGUCACAAGGAAUAGAACAAGUGUAUGCAGUAAGGAAACAGCUAAGAAAAUUUGUGGAAAGAGAACUAUUUAAACCUGAUGAGGUGCCUGAAAGACAUAACUUAUCCUUUUUUCCAACUGUAAAUGAUAUUAAAAAUCACAUCCAUGAGGUACAGAAAGCCUUGAGAAAUGGAGAUAAUGUGUAUAACUCAGAUAUUAUUCCAGCAACGCUUCAGUGGACUACAGAUAAUGGGCAUAUUCUCAGAGAGACUGUGACAGUUACAUUUGCAGAAGGAAAUUCACCAGGAGAAUCAAUUAGCACCAAAGUGGAAACAAAUCAGACAAGGGGUUCUUUGUCUCCAGAGCCAGCCCACUUGCUCUCUUCACUUUCCUCAUUUCAGCCAAAAGUAUUUACUCAACUGCAGGGUUUGCAGUUGCAACCAAGAUUCACUUCUCCUGAUGGAUCACCGACUCUGAUAUCAGUAAAUAACCACCCUUCCUCCAGUCCUUCAAGACUUCUGGACUCAUUAGAAAGUACUGUAAUGAAUAAUAAUUCUCUACUGCUUGGUCAAAGUCAUAGCCUUCAAACAGAUACAUGCCUGACCCCAAACAAUAGCAUUAUUACCUCUACCAUGGGUAACCUUCCAGGACCAGAUCAAAAUCUAGCUGCAAUGGACCAGCUGGUGCAAGUUGGAGAUGUUGAGGAUACAGAGAAUAUGGAAGGAAGUGUUCAUCGGAUUCUGUUGGGAAAUGUGCAAACCAUCCCAAUACAAAUUAUAGAUAACCACCCAGCUAUUAUUGGAGAAAAUCCAGAAGGUACCGUUUCUGUGAACCAAGUUAAGCAAGAACCCAAAGAACCAGCAUUGUCUAUGGAAGCAAAAAAAAAUUUGGACUGUUAUUUUGGAGGUAUUUUAAAGGAGCCAGCAUUUGACGGUCAUGGAGGUCUUAUCAAAAUCUGGUCACCUUGGAAACAGCAUGCUUUUCUGAGGCCCUUUGAGCCUCCUACACAGGGUCUCUCCAAUAACAGUGGUAAGAUUUAUUUAAUCUCCCAACUACCAUGAUGAAGAUAAGUUGGAGUGACUGCUAGAACUGAAUUUUAUUGAUCAGAAGACAGCCCAUUUGAUUUCACUUAUUUUUGUUUUCCCUUCUGCUUUGAGCUUUACUGUAAUGGCUGAAAAACUUGGAAAAUAAAAUGAACAUGCUGUGGUCGUGAA